AUGAGCAGCAGGCUGCUCGCCGCACGUCUCGCGCCUGCAGCCCGCCGAGCCACCCUCAUCCCCCCACGCCGCCUCGCACAUCACUCAAGCUCCACCGCUGGAGGUCUACUACGCUCCGAGGCCGGCCAGCGGCUCCUCAAGCGGCGGCCAUGGCCCCUCGGAGCGUAUGCGCUUCACAAUCUACCAGCUGUCCGGACCAUCUCGUUCGUCCGUGUGCUGCCCAAGCUGGUCACAAAGUUUGCGACGCUGGGCGCUAUGGCUGGGGGCGCCAUGAUAGCUGGCCUGUCAUACUUGCAGUAUCAAGCGGGCCAGGCUGGUAGUUACGUGGUGGAUGUUUUCAAACGCGCCAGUGAUGCGGCCACAACCGGUGCUGGGAACCUCUAUGGCAGUGCUAGCGAGGCUAUCGAACAGACGAGGAGGGGCUGGCAGAAGGCAAAAGAUGGAGUAGAGCUGCCAGAAUGGCUGCGGACAAUAUUCGAAGGUCGGGAGGGGGCUUCUGGGAAUGGUCAACGAGGCUCAGGACCUGAAGGGUCGCCCAACCAAAGCCGCGCCGGGACUGCCACUGCAGCGGUGGGUGGUGCUGCGACCGCCUUUGCAUACGACGACGAGUCCGAGAAAGAUGAGGCAAUAGAGGAAAAGAUUGCACGCGACGAUCAGAUGAUGCUGUUGACAAAGAAGAUGAUCGAGAUCAGGAGCUUGCUGCAGACAGUGGGCCAGUCGGAUGCAUUGACGUUGCCUUCUAUCGUGGUUAUUGGGUCGCAGUCUUCGGGCAAAAGCUCGGUUUUGGAGGCUAUCGUAGGACACGAGUUCCUACCAAAGGGCUCCAACAUGGUCACAAGGCGGCCGAUCGAGCUGACUCUGGUCAAUACUCCGGAUGCGCAGGCCGAGUAUGGCGAGUUUCCCGCCUUGGGCCUGGGGAAGAUCACGGAUUUCACACAGAUACAGAGGACUUUGACGGAUCUCAACCUGGCCGUACCAGCAAGCGAGUGUGUGUCCGAUGAUCCUAUCCAGUUGCGCAUCUACUCGCCGAAUGUACCUGAUCUUUCUCUGAUUGACCUCCCCGGUUACAUACAAGUGACUGGAAGAGAUCAGCCAACCGAGCUUAAGGAGAAGAUCGCGGAGCUCUGCGAGAAGUACAUCCAACAACCCAACAUUAUCUUGGCGAUAUCAGCGGCCGAUGUUGACUUGGCCAACUCUACUGCACUGCGCGCCUCUAGACAAGUUGAUCCAAGAGGAGAAAGGACAAUCGGAGUUAUUACCAAGAUGGAUCUUGUGGACGCAGAGCGGGGUGCUAGCAUGUUGACGGACAAGAAGUACGCUCUGCGACUGGGUUAUAUCGGAGUCGUGUGUCGUGUGCCGCAGACACAGGGCAAACUUUUCAAGCGUGGAAGCGGCAACAUCACGAAUGCUAUCGCGAAGAACGAAGACGCCUACUUCUCGUCUCAUCCGGCGGAGUUCGGCACGGAAUCCUCAAUCGAGGUGGGCACGAAGAAUCUCAGGAAGAAGCUUAUGUACGUCCUGGAGCAGACUCUGGCAGCAAGUCUCAAGACGACAAGCGAAGCUGUACAAGGCGAGCUGGCGGAAGCGACAUACGAGUUCAAAGUACAAUACAACGACCGUCCUCUGAGUGCUGAGACCUACUUGGCGGAAAGCCUGGACUCUUUCAAGCACUCAUUCAGAGAGUUCACGGAGCACUUUGGCCGGCCAGAAGUACGUGAGUUGCUCAAGUACGAACUGGAUCAGCAAAUCUUGAAUCUUCUGGCGUCACGGUAUUGGAACAAGCCUUUAGAAGACCUCUCCCCGCCACUACCCGAGACCGAUCCUCUGAGCGGGCUACCCAAAGCCGAUCCGGACAAUCAGCUAUGGCGCCUCAAACUCGAUGCUUCGACUGCCUCCCUUACAAAGCUGGGCAUCGGCCGCCUUGCAACAACAGUAGUCGCGAAUGCUCUGCAAGGGCACAUCGACCACCUCAUAAACACAUCGACUUUCGGACACCAUCCGUUCGCACGACAAGCCAUAACAGAGGCCUCCACCUCCAUCCUCAAAGAGCUGUCGUACGACAUCAGCGACGAGUUGGAAAUUUGCAUCAAACCUUACAAGUACAGGAUCGAUCUGGAGGACACCGAAUGGUCCAGAGGGCGAGAGAACAUUCAAAAGACAUUGAAAGAGGAGCUACGCUCAUGUGAAGCCGCUGCCAAGCACGUUGAGAGCGAAGUUGGCGGGAAGAAAAAGCUCAAGGAUGUCAUGGGCUUCAUCGACCGCGUUCGAAACGGGCAGGUCGUGCUUGAGGGUGAUGGUAGAGGUGGUGCGGGCGGUUUCAGCUCCGCUCUACUGGAAAGAGGCUUAGAAGGCGUCUUUCUACGGGAUCGUGCCGACAUACUGAAACUACGACUCAUGGCGAUCAAGUCCAAGCAGUGUGCAAACAAGAAGAACAAGUACUUCUGCCCGGAAGUCUUCCUGGAUGCCGUGGCCGACAAGCUCACCACGACUGCUGACCUCUUCCUCGAUGCUGAGCUCUUGUCCAAAUUCUACUAUAUUUUCCCGCGUGAGCUAGACGCACGAUUGGGAAGAAACCUGUCUCCUACAGAAGUCGAGCGUUUCGCGCGCGAAGAUCCCAAGAUACGGCGGCAUCUCGACGUGGUCAGGCGUAAGGAGCUGUUGGAACACGUAUUGAAGGAAAUGGAGGGAUUACGGCAACUCGAGGCACGAGAAAAGCGAUACGCCUCACGGUCGACGCAGACAAGAUCUACGGAGAAGGGUCGAAGCAAAGGGUGGAGUCUGUUUUAG